UAUGUAAAUGAGCUGCAGCCAUAGUUUUCGCUGAGGAAAGUUUGGUCAUCACUAGGGACAUAAACAGCGUGACAAUCCCCCGUUUUCAGGCAGUAAUCGUCACAGUUUUAGCAUUUUUAAAGAGUGUGUUAAACAAAACACACAAGAUCAAUAACAACAUCAUAUGCGUCAAGUCAUCACACCGCGCCUGACCAUGUGACCUGUAGUGACCCCCAGAGUGACCUUUGACCUUUCAACCCUGAGUCUCCCAUCUCUGAACUCAACGCCCGACCGUCAGUCAUUUCAAGAUGAACCGUGGGCAUUUGAUAUUUAGACGCCGGUGACCCAUAAACUAAACUGACGACAAGUGGAGGAUUCCAGAUCUUUGAAGCAAGAGAGACUUUUUUGGCCAGAGACGUUGCAUGGCUGUGGUCACCAUGAAUCGCUAUCAGAUGCUCAAGCAGGUCGGUGAUGGGACGUACGGAAGUGUCAUUCUUGGAAAGACUGACAACGGCGAAAUGGUGGCCAUUAAAAAAAUGAAGAAAAAGUACUAUUCCUGGGAUGAGUGCAUGGACCUCAGAGAAGUUAAGUCGUUGAAGAAGCUGAAUCACGCCAACAUCGUCAAGUUGAAGGAGGUCGUGAGAGAGGACAAUCAAUUGUUCUUUAUCUUUGAGUACAUGAAGGAAAACCUCUACCAACUCAUGAAAGACAGGGACAGACUUUUCCCAGAAUCAGUCAUUCGUAACAUCAUGUUUCAGAUACUACAAGGCAUGGCCUUUAUACAUAAACACGGAUUUUUCCAUCGCGAUAUGAAGCCUGAGAACCUACUGUGCCAGGGGCCGGAGCUGGUCAAGAUUGCAGAUUUUGGCCUUGCCAGGGAGACCAGAUCUAGACCGCCGUACACAGACUAUGUCUCCACAAGAUGGUAUCGCGCCCCUGAGGUCCUCCUCCGGUCUACCAACUACAGCUCGCCUAUCGAUGUCUGGGCGAUCGGCUGCAUCAUGGCUGAGCUCUACACGUUGAGGCCCCUCUUCCCUGGAAACAGCGAAGUGGACGAGAUCUUCAAAAUCUGCUCGGUCCUGGGAACUCCAAAAAAGGAGGAAUGGCCGGAGGGCUACAAGCUGGCCUCCAACAUGAACUUCAAGUUCCCGCAGUGUGUCCCUGUACCGCUGAAGACGCUCAUACCCAACGCUAGCAAUGAUGCCCUCGCGGUGAUGAAAGACAUGAUGGCUUGGAACCCGCAGAAACGACCCACGGUCAUGCAGGCUCUGAGAUAUCCCUACUUCCAAGUUGGCCAGAACCUAGGCCCCAAGAUGCCCCCUGUCACAUCAAACUAUCAAAUGACUGGUAACCAAGGUUACAAUCAACAUCAACAACAACAACAACAAAGAAGGAAUCCCUUACUAAACAAAGACAAUAAGUUGAACUCUCCAAUGGACUUUAAGAAGACAACUACAACAACAACAACGGAUGAUGGUCUAGAUGAUUACCUCACGUCAUUAGGGAAUUCAAAACCAACCAAGAUAGCAGCCAUCAAGGCUGCGCCCGCCAAAGAAGUCGCCCCAGUCCAGAGACAGCCGGCCCCACCCGCCGGUGGAGGGGGAGGAGCCGGAAACAGAAGUGGGCGGCGACGGUGGGAUUUCCAGAAGAAAGCGCCGGAUCUGUUUGACAGCAUGGACGACUUUGGAGACUUUGAAUCCCAGAAGGCGGUUGCUGCUCCCGUCGUGCAGAGGAAAGCCGGCGCCCCGUUGAAGAAGAAGUCCUCGUUUGAUUGGGACGAUGACGAUGAUUUGUUUGGGAGUCCCCCAAGGAACAAGGCGUCAUACUCCAAGGUCCAAGCCCCGGGCAGACCCAUACUGGAAUCAGGCCGAUCGUCAGCCUCCUCAGUGAAACAGUUCUACAUCAGAUCGGCGCGGUACAAACCAGGUCUGAACUUGAAGAGCCCCCGGAAGGAAUCCUCACAAGGAUUGCCACCAAUGGCCAAGCUACCGCCCUCUGGUAGCACGACACGUACAAAUAACAUCCUAGGAGCUCGUUACACUAAGACAGAAGGAGCUUACGGGGCUAGCUACUUGCCUUCAUUUGGACAGAAGCAAUCAUCUGGACUCUCAGAUCUGAAUUCCUGGAGCAAGCCCAGAGCUCCCACGAUCCCAGGAAGCAACUUCAACGGCUCGGCUGGCGUCCGGCAGCAACCGCUGCCCGUCAGAACCAACUGGGCAGCAAAGUAUGGCGGAGUUCAUUAACCAUAUUGGUUGACAUUCACAAAAUGCGGACGACAAUCUUAUGCAUAGGAAACUAUUGGUAUGAGCAGCUCUCAGUACAAUGUAUUAAUAAUAAUAAUAAUUGAAAAGUAGUCUAUUUAUGUACAGUUAAUCCAAGAAAUGAUUUUUUAAUUUGUAGCAGCUUUAAUUUCAGUCCAAUAAUUGGAAUAGAAAAUGUACUGGUAUUGAAGACAGACGACAUUCCAUUCCAACACACUUUUAUGCCCAACAACUUUUUUAAGUGUCAACAAUUUUUAAAUUUUCUGAAAAUAUCCUCGUAUGAUGUCCUCAGAAAUAUAUGAAUUUGAGAAAAAAAAUGGUUUCAGCUUUCUUUUUCAUAAUAUUUUUGUUCUAGAACUUCACACUAGAUUAUUUGUGGUGAAAGUCUUGAGUUUUUGCUCAAAAUUACUACAGCAGUCAUAACGGAUUCGGACCAAACACUUGCAAAGAAGUUAAGCAAGAAUUUUAUAUGACAACUUAAAUAAGUUAACAGAAAACAGUCUUGUAGAAUUUAAUUAGGGGAAGAUUUACAUCAUUUACGAAAUAAUUUAAUGACGUUUUAUUUCCUCCACCUUAAAGAAAAAUGUAAGAAAAAUUCUUAAGAUUUUGCAUCAAUUUUACCCCCCCCCAAAAAAAACUCCCUGCAUAUGCUUUAUUUACAAAACCUGUAACAAUGUAUAUAUGUGCAUAGAUUUUUGUAACAUCAGAUUGUAUAUACCUCUUUAUCCUAAAAAGGGCACAAAUGAUAUCCAAAUGAUGUCGCAAAUCUUCUGUAAAUGUAAUUUGCUUGAUUUGUGCUGAUUGACAUUAACGUAUUUUGUUAGUAAUUUAUAGCCAUAAAAUUGCAGUACUUAGCAUUUUACAGGUGGAAUGUCUUUUUAACUGUAUCAUAUUUCCCUCUGUCAGUAUUUUUAGGACCGUUUUAAUUUUUUUUGGAACAGUAAUCUAUCAGUUUUUAUUAUUUUGCUUGCUGUGAAACUGGAAAAAAGUUUGGGUAAAACUUCCACACGGAAGUUAUUGUUGCAUUCAGAAUUUGGAAUGUGUGAGAAUACAAUCAGGUUCACACAGCAAAAAUAUUACAACAAUAAUACGACUGCCAUGGAAAAUGAUGACAUUUAUUUUGGUUCAAUUUUAAUCAAAUAAAUUUGAGCAAUAUGCUGUUGUGUUAAUUACAUUUUACAUGCUUUCAUUUUUGUGCAUGUACAAUAUUUCACCCGA